CUCGUUGAAACACGCGAGACUAGGAAUUAGGACUACGGUAGACUACGGUGACACGCCGGUGACUGCAGCAUGGAUGGUGAUCAUAGCGCUAAUAAUGCUUCAGUUGGGAUGGGAAAAGUGAUCGAAUCGAACCCUGAGUUACAAAGGGAAGUGGCAACACAUUUAGAUACCAAUAGUGACAAUGAGAAUUCAUAUCAAACGCUAGAAAAUGCCGGUAGCACGGUGAAUCCAUGCACUUGUGGAUCGACUGAAAACACUGUUGACGGUGUUAACAGUAGCAUUAUUAAUGAAACUGCCAACACAAGCAGUGGACCAGACCAACCAGAUACUCAGCCAAUGUCAAAGAGAAAACUGAAGAAAUUAAAAAAGAAAGAACGAUGGGAAGAAAGGAAAGCAGAAAAAAGGGCUGUUGAAAGAGAAAGAAAAAGGCAGAGAAGAGCUGAGGCAAGAGAACAGGGAAUAGACUUGGGGCCGUCCAGAAAGCGCCUGAAGAAAGUGAAAAUGAAACAGUCAAAAUGUGAUAUUAAAGUGGUUGUUGAUUGCUCCUUUGACCAUCUGAUGAGUGAAAAGGAUAUAACAUCAUUGGUAAAGCAGCUCAAUUUUUGCUAUGCAGCUAACAGGAGAGGAAAAGAGCCUCUACAGUUUUAUAUUUGCAAUUUUGGAGGGAGAACCAAACAAAGAUUUGAUGAAAUAGGAGACUACAAAAACUGGGAUAUGUACUUUAAGUCUGAAGACUAUUUAGAAUUAUUUGGAAAAGAUGUGGUCUAUCUGUCCAGCGAGUCGCCGAAUAUUCUAACUGACUUGGAUCCUUCCAAAGCUUACAUUAUUGGUGGACUCAUUGACCACAAUGUACAUAAGGGAUUGUGCCAUAAGUUAGCAUGUGAGAAAGGUCUUGAACAUGCCCAGCUACCUAUCAGUGAGUUCCUGGAUAUGAAGACAAGGAAAGUGCUCGCCAUCAACCAUGUUCAUGAGAUUUUAUUGAGGUACACAGAAAGCCAUGAUUGGGAAGAUGCUUUCUUCAAGGUGAUCCCCAAAAGAAAAGGAGCAGUGGCCAAGUCAGAUGGGCUUACAGAAGACCCUGAGAGCGUAGACAGUAAUGCGUCCUCUCUAGAACUUCAGUCAGAUAAUAGUCAAUUAUUGGGUCAAAAUGAUGCUGUUGAAAAGCAAAGUAGUUCAAGUAAAGAAGUUUCCAAUGAAGUUGACAGUUGAUAUACUUGAGAAUUAGAUGUUUUUAGAGAUUGCUAUUUCUCACCUAACACAAUAUAGACGCUCUUAACAUAAACUUGUCCAACUACCUUCAAAGACAUUCUAUAAAUAAAGUUUUUUC